GUUUCUAACUAAUCAAUAAUUCAGAGAGUGAGGGUUUUAGACUUUAGGUUUCUCUUCUCUUCUCUUUCCCAUUCUACUUCUCCACACUCAGCAUGGAUUCUCAUUCCGUCACUAAUCUCCGUCACUCCAACCUCUCACUCAAUCCCAACCGUUCAUCAUUCCCAUCUCCGUUAUCACCUUCUCUCUCCUUCAGGUCCCUCCCACCACCGCAAUUUCUCCCUCCGCCGCCGUCGUUAAAGUUACAACCUAUCAGAGCCUCAUCCUCUCCAAACGACCCUGCGUUUCACCAACCUAGAAACCUCCCUCCCUUACCAAACCCAUUCCAAGCCCUAACCUCUCUCUUCUCCCCCGUCGUUAAAACCACCUGCAUCAUCCUCGCCGCCACCGCCUUCUUCUUCAUGCGCUUCCACCACAGUCCCGUCAUCGCCGCCACGCUCGCUACUCCGGCAACCGUUGAAACCUCACCUGAAAACGAAAGCGCUUCAGAAGGAGAACAGGCGGAGAAGCUUAUCGAAGAGCGGUUGCGUCAAAAUCCAAACGACGCGGAAGCUCUUCGUUCUCUCAUGGAAGUCAAAAUCAAAGCACGGAAGGUCGAUGAAGCGAUUGGUAUCAUCAACCGUUUGAUUGAGAUUGAGCCUGAGGAAAUGGAGUGGCCUCUAUUGAAGGCUAACAUGUAUAUCUACAACGACGACCACGAAACUGCGAAAAAACUGUUCGAAGAGAUUCUGCAGAGAGAUCCGCUUCGUGUCGAAGCUUAUCACGGUCUUGUGAUGGCGUCGUCGGAUUCGUCGGAGUCUAACGAGUCUAAUGAACCGUCGAAUGAAACGAUGAAAGGAUUGUUGCAAAGGGUUGAAAAGGCAUUGGAAUUGUGCAAGAAGCAGAAGAGGGUUUCAGAUGUUAGAGACUUUAGGUUAUUGGUUGCUCAGAUUAAGGUGAUGGAAGGGAAUUUCUCUGAAGCGCUUAAAGCCUAUCAGGAGUUGGUAAAAGAAGAACCGAGAGACUUCAGGCCUUAUUUAUGCCAGGGUAUUAUUUAUACCUUGCUUAGAAAGAAAGAUGAAGCUGAGAAGCAAUUCGAUCAGUUUCGAAGGCUUAUUCCCAAGAAUCAUCCUUAUAGAGAGUAUUUUGAUGAUAACAUGUAUGGCACCAAUUUUUUCGCGCCAAAAUUUGAGAGCGAAGGAGCUGGUGCUAGGAGUUAAGAAGGUUCUACUUUGAGGUCCUUAUGAGUUUUUGUCUCUUUUAUUUUACUGCCCUGUGGUUUUUUGGAUAGUAAUCUGUGUGUUGUUGUAGGUGAUUAGUUUAGUAGUUUACCUUAGUAUUGUUGGUUCAAAAUUAUUGCUGGAUGGUUUUCUUGUAGAUGUAUAUACAGAACUAUCUUUGAUGAACUUCUAAAUAACACUUGCGGAAUUUUGGUUCCAUAA